CGUACGCAGCAGACGCCGCAGACGCAGACAGCAAAAGUGAGAGGUGCCAAUUAACCCUCUGCUACUACAUCAUCAGUAUCGACCUCAGCUUGAGCUGUCUCUUUUUUCUCUAUCCUAUUUCCCCUCCCACCCCUCCAUCUGCUCGCUCCCCUGACCUUUAUUUAUCCUAUUUUCUCUCGUUUUCCACCUUCAUCCAAUCAGCCACCCUGCGACAACUUUGGCCUCCUGGACAAAUCAUCACACUGAGGAGCUCCCUGGUGUCAUACAGCACGACCCAAUUGAUCGCUACCAGACCGCGCGAGCUUGUCGUUUAAUCUUCCCAGGUCCCCAUCCAGUCUCCAGUUAUCGGGUGCGCAACGACUCAGUCACCACCUCCUUCGGCACCUGCCUGCCUUUCCACCUUCGCCCAAACAGAGUAACGGAUCCUGCACCCGUCGCCCAGCUGGCCCUGUCGUCCCCGAAACCUUCAGACGGAGCCGCCGCUGUCAAUCAAUCGAUCCGGCUGUCUCUUGGUCAGGAAGGAAAAGAAGAGGGAAUAACGAAAGAAACCGAGGGCAGAGACGAGCCAACAAUUCUUCCCCCGUCUGGCUUUACGGGCCCUUCUGUCACUUUCGCAGUCUCGUUCGGUCUGGGGAAAAGGGAACCCCUGAAAGAAAGGGCGCCGCCGCCAGCUUUUGAAUCAGUUUGUCGCAAACCAAAUAGAGGCUCCCGCUUGUCCCGCUCUGCCGUCUGCGCGAGAAUUCCAUCCAUCACCAAAUUGCCUGACUUUUGCCUUGCUGCCAACGGCCCGGCUACUUGCAUCUUUGUAGAAUCCAUUCCUCGAUACUUGCGCGGCUUUCCCACUUCACUUGCUGCAGCUGCAGCUGCUGAAGAAGCACAGCUCAGCUUUCCCCGCGAUCCUCUUUUGGGCCAAUUCACUGCUCACCUUGCCCCCAAAGCAACAACGAGCUUAACCGGGCUCUUCCUUGAACCGACGGGUCACUUUGCGACUAUUCUGUCCUCCAUAACCAAACUGCAAACGUCGUAGGUCCCAACCUGCUUUUACGCCCGCCCCGUCACUUCCUCAAGGGGCACGCAGCCCUUCUUCCACCCCCCUCCAACGCUCAUAUGCCUACCCUCGGCUUCCUCAAGAAAAAACGGACGAGGGAGGCCAAUCAGGAUUCUCAAGGCUCCAGUCUACCCACCAGCCCGGUAACGCCUACCUCAUCGAAGCCCUUUGACAGUUCCAUCUCGACCACCAUUUCCUCGCUGUCAUCCAAUUCCCAGCAGGGGCUGAAGCAGCACGACGAUCCGGCUUCGUCCGAGGCGGCGAAGCAGCAGCAGAUGUACCCCGUCACCGUCCACCCGCCCAGCCAGCCACCCUACAACCACCAAGCCGGAUCGCAGCAGAACCUCCCCAGCAUCAACAACCUAAUCAACCCGACUCAGCAAGACGGUUCGAACAACGGCCAUAACUACCUAGCCCAGCCGACCCAAUCCUCCCAGCCGAACCCGAGCCCCGGAACCGAUCCAGCCAGACUGCAACAGCAGCAAGCCCAGUCGAUGCUGCACCCGCCGCCGCCGCAGCAGCAGCAACAGCAGCAACAGCAACAACAGCAACAACACUUCGGCAUGCAGCAGCAGGCGGUGGACCAGCAGGUCCGUCAGACCAAGGGGAAAUAUACAUUGACCGACUUUGACAUCCUGCGGACGCUGGGGACUGGUAGUUUCGGAAGAGUGCAUCUGGUUCAGUCCAAACACAACCAGCGCUUCUAUGCCGUCAAAGUGUUGAAGAAGGCGCAGGUCGUCAAAAUGAAGCAGGUCGAACACACCAAUGACGAGAGGAAGAUGCUGGGCGAAGUCAAGCACCCCUUCCUGAUCACGUUGUGGGGCACGUUCCAGGACUCCAAGAACCUGUACAUGGUGAUGGACUUUGUUGAAGGUGGCGAGCUGUUUUCGUUGCUAAGAAAAUCCGGGCGCUUCCCUAACCCUGUCGCGAAAUUCUACGCCGCCGAAGUCACGUUAGCGCUCGAAUAUUUGCACUCGAGGAACAUCAUUUACAGAGAUCUCAAGCCCGAGAAUCUGCUGCUCGACCGGCAUGGGCACCUGAAGAUAACAGAUUUUGGUUUUGCCAAGCGAGUGCCAGACAAGACAUGGACGCUUUGCGGUACCCCCGACUACUUGGCGCCCGAGGUCGUCUCGAACAAGGGUUACAACAAAUCGGUAGACUGGUGGUCUCUGGGAAUUUUGAUAUACGAGAUGCUGUGCGGGUACACGCCGUUUUGGGACAGCGGGUCGCCAAUGAAGAUCUACGAAAACAUCCUCAAGGGCAAGGUGAAGUACCCUGCCUACAUCAACCCGGAUGCCCAGGACCUUCUGGAGAAACUGAUCACGGCGGAUCUCACCAAGCGACUGGGUAACCUGUAUGCCGGACCGAACGAUGUCAAGAACCAUCCGUGGUUCACGGAGGUUACGUGGGACAGGCUCGCCCGCAAAGACAUUGACGCACCCUACACGCCCCCGGUCAAGGCCGGCGCGGGUGACGCUAGCCAGUUCGACAGGUAUCCUGAGGAUCCCGAACGAUACGGCUCAUCCGGACACGACGAAUACGGCCAUCUAUUCACCGAUUUCUAACGUCUCGCUCGGAGGGGGUUGUGAAAGUCGCGGAAGGUGCGUGCUUGCGUGUCCCGGCCCGCAAGCAGUGUUCGAGUAGAGUAGUAGAGGGCGCUUGGCAGCCUUUGGAGGUAUCGAUGUUGGCGUCUGCACUGCUUUGGGCGCCUGGUCGACGGUUUGGAAAACGGUUAGGAAAGCAAUAACAGUGGAGAGGGAGAACUUUAAGGUGAAGGCUCGAACGGUCCUGGAGAUUGGAAAAGUGCAACAAGAGCAGACUUGUCAUCGUAUCCCUUGGUUACAUCAAUACCUAACAGCAAUUAUGUUUCAAAGUGAAGGUUAGGCGAGUAGGCAGGGGGCGAGAGAUGGGGCAUGAUGGUCCGGAUUGUCACUGAAAGGGGAGGGGAGGCCGCCAGGCGUGGGAAUUGGCGGAUGAACUAGUUCUCUCGAAGAGUGAAUGAUGAAUGGCCAGAGCGAAGCUGUACUAAUUGGCGGUCGGCGUCUGCAAUAACACAAAUGACGGGCGCCAUGUGGGAAUGCAAUGGAAAUCAAGCAUGCAUGUUGUGCAGGAGUCUUGGUGGUGAUUUCCGAGGAACCUCUCUAUCCACUCCUAACUCCAAGAU